AUGUCAAAAAAUUGUGUGAGUGACUAUUUCUGUUUUAGCGGUUGUUUCUCUAAAUAAUGGGUGAACAAAGUAUUACUAAUUUAUUUGAGUCUCAAACGAUACACGCAGACCACAAAGAUCUUAUUCAUGAUGUGGCGUACGACUUUUAUGGCGAAAGAAUGGCAACUUGUUCCAGCGAUCAGUACGUUAAGAUAUGGGACUCAGACGGUCGUGGGGGCUGGCGCCUGACGGGCAGUUGGAAAGCCCACCACGGUUCCGUGUGGAAGGUUACAUGGGCGCACCCAGAGUUCGGGCAAGUCAUCGCAACCUGUUCGUUUGACCGUACAGCUGCUGUGUGGGAAGAAGUUGGUGACACUAAUGUGUCAGGUUCAGAUAAAGGCUUACGUACAUGGGUAAAACGUUCCAAUCUAGUAGACUCUAGGACGUCAGUCACUGAUGUAAAGUUCGGGCCUAAACAUUUAGGCCUUUUGCUAGUCACAUGCUCAGCUGAUGGAAUCAUAAGGAUAUAUGAAGCCCCAGAUGUGAUGAACCUGGCCCAGUGGACAUUACAACACGAAAUACCCACCAAAGUUUCCAUAAGUUGUCUAUCAUGGAACCCUUCCUUAUCUAAAAUAAACCCGCCAAUGCUAGCUGUGGGCAGCGACGAGCCCAACACAACCAACGCGGCUGCCAGUGUGCAGACGGACAAAAGUACUGCGUGCAAUGGAAAAGUGUUCAUAUAUGAGUACAGCGAAGGCGCCCGGCGUUGGACGCGCACCGACUGCCUGUCGUCGGCCGCCGAGCCCGUCAACGACAUCGCCUUCGCGCCCAACCUCGGCCGCGCCUUCCACCUGCUGGCCGUGGCCACCAAGGACGUCCGCAUCAUCAAGAUAGAGCCCGUGCUGGACACGAACAACUCGAACGCAAACGGCUCCAGCGGCGCGCGUUUCAAGACCGAAGUGCUGUGCGCGUUCGACUCGCACUACUCGUGCGUGUGGCGCGUGUCGUGGAACGUGACCGGCACGCUGCUGGCCUCCUCGGGCGACGACUGCCAAGUGCGCCUGUGGAAGAUGCAAUACCUGAACCAGUGGAAGUGCGCGGCGGUGUUCCGCGCCGGCGCCGGCGGCGAGUCCCCGCCGGCUGCGAGACCGCACACCGCCUACGUCCGCAUGGCCGCCAUGGCCAAUCCCGCGCACAUGCCCAAACACUAGUCUA